GCCAACGGUAACACCUACCCUCUUUUUUGCUUGUUUAAAAUCCCUCUCCCUCGAUGUCCCUAGCACUGACACUCCUUUUGUUGAGGGUCGUGUUCAUCGAGCAUUGAUCGAUCUAUCACUCAAUCACGACCCAAUUGUUAUAGCCUGAUUUUUUAUCAUUCGACCAGAGUGCUAUCUCAAUACUAAGGCCACAAAAUACACAUUAACACGCGGUCAUGGUGAACCUCGUUGCAGCACAAAAGCCAUUGUUGCAUGGCUUAAUGAAAAUGGCCGGUAUUCGACCUCACACAGUAGAGAUCGAGCCAGGCACCGUUAUGAGCAUUUGGGUCCCCUCUGAAGUGAUGUUCAACAACAGAAAAGAAAGGGGAGAAUUGCUGGAAGGUCUUGUGGUUAACAACAAAGACACUACCAUCCCAAAUUUUUCCCAGAGGAUACAUCUUCUUUGGGGUGGGAAUGAUCAGAUUUUCAAGCUGGAACUUGCACAGAAAAUGAAAGAACAGCUUGGGGACAAAGCUACAGUUGAAGGCAUAGAGAAAGCAGGUCAUUUGGUUCACCUAGAACGACCGUGCGUCUACAAUAGUUGUCUCAACAACUUCCUUGCUUCCUUCCAUGCACAUGCAAAUACAAAUCAAUUUUCUUUUUAAUUUCCUAUUUUAAAAUUAAUGGAGAUAUAAUUGUUUGUAUGUAUUGGAUCACUAUUGAAUUUGGUCAUGUAUUAAUUCAUGCCUGAGGAUUUUAAUUGAUUGAUGAUAGAAAAAGCUUUGUGAAUGGGUUGGAGAAA